GGAGGAUCGCGAUAGGCGAUGAGAGUUGAGGGGAACUGGCAAGGAGCCAAAAAUCGCUGUGCCGGAAGUUGCGAAGGGGAAGAGAUACCAUCUGAAGUGAACUUUCCCACUCGUACGGUUCUAGCAGCAUGGACCUGGCAGAAUUAACUGUUGAACAAGUUCUUCGUAGGGAUAUACCAUGGGAGACGUAUAUGAGCACAAAGUUGAUCUCAGGCACAAGCCUUCAGCUCUUAAGGCGUUAUGAUCACAAAUCACAAAGUCAAAGAGCACAGUUGCUGGAUGAUGGUGGUCCAGCUUAUGUACGUGUAUUUGUUCAUGUUUUGCGUGAUAUACAUAAAGAUGAGACAGUGGAAUAUGUUCUGGCCUUAAUAGAUGAAAUGCUUACAGCAAAUCCAAAAAGAGCUAGGCUGUUUCAUGAUAAGUCCCUUGCAGAUGAUGAUGCCUAUGAACCUUUCUUAAGAUUGCUUUGGAAAGGAAAUUGGUUCAUACAAGAGAAAAGUUGUAAGAUCCUUGCUUUAGUAGUUAGUGCAAGGCCAAAAAAUCAGGACAGCAGUGUUGCAAAUGGAGAAGUAUCGAAAUCAAAGAAGCCAUUUAUUACUAUUGAUGAUGUUUUAAAAGAAUUGGUAAAAUGGCUCUGUGAACAGCUGAGGAACCCUACUCAUCCUAGUCGUGGUGUGCCAACUGCUAUCAACUGUUUAUCAGCUCUUCUUAAGGAACCUGUGGUUAGAUCUUCCUUUGUUCAGGCAGGUGGGGUGAAGUUGCUUGUACCUUUGAUUUCUCCAGCAUCCACCCAACAGUCUAUUCAGCUCCUAUAUGAAACAUGUCUCUGCAUAUGGCUCUUAUCCUAUUAUGAGCCAGCAAUUGAAUAUCUGGCUACUUCAAGAACCCUUCCCCGACUCAUUGAUGUUGCUAAAAGUUCUACUAAAGAGAAGGUUGUUAGAGUAGUGAUAUUAACUCUCAAGAACUUGCUGUCAAAAGGGACAUUGGGUGCUCAAAUGGUUGACCUCCAGCUGCCACAAGUUGUUCAGAGUUUGAAAGCACAGGCAUGGAGUGAUGAGGACUUGUUGGAGGCACUGAAUUAUCUGGAAGAAGGGCUUAAGGAUAACAUUAAGAAACUUAGUUCUUUUGAUAAAUAUAAGCAAGAAGUUCUCCUUGGCAACCUGGAUUGGUCUCCCAUGCACAAAGAUCCUAUAUUUUGGCGAGAAAACAUUCCCAACUUUGAAGAAAAUGACUUUCAGAUUUUGAGGGUCCUACUGACAAUUUUAGACACGUCCGGUGAUCCAAGGAGCCUGUCUGUUGCAUGCUUUGACCUUUCACAGUUCGUCCAACAUCAUCCUGCUGGGAGAAUCAUAGUGACAGACCUUAAAGCCAAGGAACGGGUGAUGAAACUAAUGAAUCAUGAGAACGCUGAGGUCACUAAAAAUGCACUGCUCUGUAUCCAACGGCUCUUCUUAGGUGCCAAGUAUGCAAGCUUUUUGCAGGAGUAAUUAUUUUUAUGGCCAUCGGGUUAUGAUUUCGAAGCUGUGUUAUCAAUAUUUAAUGUUGAAUAAAUGAAGUCUUCUAAGUUUAUACUCGAAGCUGGGCAUGUGGGUAUACUAAUUUGUUGGAAAUGCCAGUUACUCCUUGUUUGGAAAAUAGCCAACUAAACCGUUCGCUCAGUUUUAGUUGAUUUGCUCUGCCAA